AUGGACAACAUCGACGAGGAAUAUGACCGGCUUGUUGAACACUUUCAGGACUGCACGAAGAAGGCUGGGAGUUUUAAAACCACCAAGAGAUGCCUGUCUCUUGAAACUCUGAUACGCCAGCGUGGAGCAGCAGGAGCCGCAGGGAACCAAGAACUCACGUCCGAGCUUGCAAGGCUUUGCAGAGAGGCGAUAAAGGAAGACCUUAAAGAGAGAAGAGCAGAAGUGCUGGCUGAAGCUGCAGAGGCGGGGAAAAGCAUCCGCUAUGCCCGUCGAGACUUCGCCAGUCACAAGACGAGGAUGACUGCUCUCCGGAACCCAAAGGGAACAGCAAUUGCAUCGAGAAGGGGGAUGGAGAAAAUCAUCUACGUCUUCUACUCUGAUCUCUUCGACAGCCAUGUCUGCUUGCCUCCUCACCAUCUGAGGGAAGACGGACAAGUCAUUCCAAAGGUGCUCUCUUCCGAAGUCCGACAUGCUAUCAUGUCGGUAAGAAAUCGUACGGCACCCGGUUCCGACAGAAUAAGACCAGAACACCUGAAAAAUCUUCCGCCAGUACUCAUCAACACCCUGGCGAGGCUCUUUACACGUUAUCUGUCGGAAUGCAAGGUUCCUAAACAGUGGAAGACCAGCAAGACCGUGUUGUUGUAUAAAAAGGGAGAUCCACAUGAUAUCGGCAACUAUCGUCCAAUCUGCCUACUGUCCGUCAUCUACAAGCUCUCUACAAGAGUAAUCCUUGAUAGGAUUGAAAAAGUCUUGGAUGAAGGACAGCCAUGCGAGCAAGCAAGGUUUCGAAAAGGAUUGACCUUUGAAAAAAAAAAAACGAUUGACCACGUUUACACUGUUUCGAAAUUCACCGAGGUAUCACGAGAGCACAAGAUGCCGCUCUGUCUCACCUUCAUCGACUUAAAGAAGGCCUUCGACUCAGUUGAGGCGGAAGCGGUCGUGGAAGCCUUGGACAACCAAGGGUCCCUACUCAGUACAUAA